AUGUACACCUCUCCUGAUUUGCAGUGUAUUCGGGAGAGAAUACAACUCGAUAAUCAACCAAUAACGGAAAAUCUCUUCACGCGAUACUUUUUUGAGGUUUGGGAGACUAUUAUGUCUCGAGAUCUGGAACAAUCUACAGAGCCUAUCAGACAACCACGCUACCUGCAAUUACUGGCCUUGCUAGCUUUUCACACUUUUAUCAGGGAAGGUGUCGACGCUGCAAUAUUUGAGACACACCAUGGCGGAGAAUACGACGCUACAAAUGUGAUCAGGAAGCCUGUCGUAACAGGGAUCACCUCUCUUGGAAUGGACCAUAUUGCACAGCUAGGCCCAAUGAUCGAGGAUAUUGCAUGGCAUAAAGCGGGUAUCUUCAAACCCGAAGUACCUGCUUUCUCCGUACAACAAGAACCCGGCGCUUCCGAAGUUCUACGCGACCGUGCCACUGAAAAGAAGACCGACCUAUCAUUUGUUAUGUCUUGCGAUGAUCUUCCUACUAAUAGCAGAGUGUUAAGUGUUCCAGUGCAGCGGAUAAACUGCUCUUUAGCGUUUCAGCUAGCUACAACUUUCCUCCGCCUCAAGAGUUCCUAUGAUAUCAAUGCUGAGGAUAUACAGAAAGGUAUCGACAAUUUUUCGUGGAAUGGAAGAUUUGAGAUAAUAGAAAAGGAGGACGCACAGUGGUUCUUAGACGGGGCGCACAAUAUAUUGAGUCUAAAACAAGUAGCUGAAUGGUUUUCAAGGAAUGUUGAUACUGCGAAUACGGAAAAUGGACGAUCUGGAUAUCGUGUUCUGAUCUUCAGCCAUUUUUCAGAGGAGCGCGAUGGGGUGGCUCUUGUGCGAUACCUAGCACGUGCUUUCUCAGAUUGUAAUUUGAGAUUUGAUCAUGUUAUCUUCACUACAUAUCAGGAAAGAGAAGACGGAACUACCAGAAUUGACAAAACACUCAAAUCGCCGGAGACACCCUUCCCAGAUCUCUGCACUCAAUACUCAAUACUCUGGAAAGAUCUCCAUCCUUACGCUACAAUCUCAAUCGAGCCAACUAUCGAAGGGGCUAUAAAGGCAGCGAAACAGCUGAGUGUCGAUCAAGGCGGUAUGCAAACGUUGGUUACGGGAAGCUUGCACAUGGUUGGGGGAGCCCUUAAACUUUUACGGCCUUAA